AUGAUGAGAGUGCCAUUAAAGCCAUCAGAAGCAUCGGCAGCUCGAGAUGCGCUCGCGAAAGCAAUCUACUCUCGUCUUUUCGAUUGGAUUGUCGGUGCGAUCAAUCGAUCGAUUCCUUUCAAUAAUACAAAUAGUUAUAUCGGAGUCUUGGAUAUUGCUGGAUUUGAAUUCUUCACAAUCAACUCUUUUGAGCAAUUCUGUAUCAACUAUUGCAAUGAGAAAUUGCAGAAUUUCUUCAACGAAAGGAUUCUUAAACAGGAACAAGAACUCUAUGAAAAAGAAGGUCUUGGAGUUGAGAAAAUCACUUAUGUCGAUAAUCAGGAUUGUAUUGAUCUUUUCGAGCGUCGUGGCAGUGGAAUGUUGGAUCUUUUGGAUGAAGAGAUGCGCCUGCCGAAGCCCCUUCCCAUUCAUUUCACUUCAGCUGUUCACGAAGCGAAUAAGAAACAUUUUCGAUUAGAUACUCCUCGAAAAUCUCUACUCAAAGAGCACCGUGGGAUGCGAGACGAUGAUGGGUUAUUGGUUCGACAUUUUGCCGGAACGGUUUGCUAUGAAACAGCUCAAUUUAUCGAGAAAAACAAUGACGCUCUACAUGCAUCAUUAGAGGCGAUUUUUGAGACAAGCAACACUCCACUUAUCAAAGAGCUUUUUGAGCAAAGUCUUGAGAGUUCAGUGUUUUCGCAAAAUCGUGGAAAAAAACUCGUCGUCCCAUCAGUUGGCUCGAAAUUUCGCUCUCAAUUGACAGUACUUUUGGAGAAGUUGAAUACAACAGGUACCCACUUUGUGCGAUGUGUGAAACCGAAUAGCUCGAUGUCGGCAUGGAUUUUCGAGGGAUCGUCAGUCCUCUCGCAACUACGAUGCGCUGGAAUGGGAUCCGUGCUGAAAUUGAUGCAAAGUGGAUACCCGAGCAGAACCGGUUUCUCGGAGCUUUACAACAUGUACUCGCCAGUGUUACCGCCAGAGCUGGCCCGACUGGAUCCACGUUUGUUUUGCAAGUGUCUUUUCCACGUGCUUGGCCUCAACAAUCGUGAUUUCAAAUUUGGCAUGACGAAAGUUUUCUUUAGACCAGCGAAGUUCGCCGAAUUUGAUCAGCUUCUUCGACGUGAUCCGGAAAAUAUGAAAGUUUUGGUGAAAAAGGUGAAAGUUUGGUUGAUCACCGUGCGCUGGAGGAAAGCACAAUAUGGAGCGUGGAGUGUGAUUAAAUUGAAAAACAAAAUCCUCUAUCGUCGCGAGCAACUGACGACCAUUCAGAAGUAUCUACGAGGAUAUUUGACGAGACAAAAACACGCUAAACGCUUAGCUCUCUUCCGAAAGUCAAACGGACUUCAAGCUCGUGGAACGGAAAUGAAAAAAAUCGUUGACCAACUAACACCGCAAAGUAGACAAAAAUGGGAAAUUGAGGUGGUUGAAUCACAACGUCAACUCGCAAAUUUGGUCCAACAGUGUAAGAAUCAAAGAAUGGAAAUCGAUGCUUGCGCUCGAAGUUACGAGGAAUGUUUGCGGAGAGUCGACAAGAUUAUUCAUGACUUGAAAGGUCAAUUGGCAUCCGAUGAAGCGAUUAAACUAGCUGAAAUUGAGCAAAAAAUGCGAGAAGAAAGAGAACAAGAAGCAAAGAAACAAAGAGAGGAAAUAAUGAAAGAAAAGGAAAUGGAAAAGAAUGAAAUGAGACGAAAAGAAAUCGAAGUGGAAAGAGUGCGAGCUGAGCGGGAUUUCGAGAAGAAUCGAGCCGUCGAAGCGUCUCGGGAAAUUGCGGCAAUUGAGGAAAUGCAGAGAAAACGAGCUCGCGAAGAACAAGAACGUUUGGACGCUCAAUUGGCGGCUCGUCUUGCGGCUGAAGAAGGGACAUUGGCUGAUUUGCCUGCAUCCACAUCUUGGAACUCAUCAACCUCUUCCGGAAACAAUAAUCAGAAACGCGGGAAACACGAUCUCUCAACGUGGAAAUAUGCCGAACUACGAGACACGAUUAACACGUCGAAUGAUAUGGAAUUGCUGCUAGCGUGCAAAGAGGAAUUCCACCGUCGACUUCGCAUCUACAACGAGUGGAAACAGAAAAACGCUAGUGAAAAGGAACGAGUUGAAGAGGCUCGUCGUGUUCCAUUGGCAUUAAUGAAUCCACAACAAACAAAUGAUACGAUGCGGUGGAUUGGAGCAAGUGGAGCUAGUCGAAACUCAGCCACACUCCAAGUAAAUCCAGCUCUUUCCGCUCAACGCUUUUUCAAAGUUCCUUUCUCUUCUCGUUUACAACAAAACGGAAAAAAUCCAGCUGUUUUUUUCGUUGAAACCGGCUCUCAACAAGGUGUUUGGUAUGGGCAUUUUAAUGGACAAUGGAUUCAACGACAAAUCGAACUCCAUCCUGAUAAACCACCUAUUUUAUUGCUUGCUGGACGUGACGAUCUCCAAAUGUGCGAGCUGCCUCUCGAUCAAACGCAAUUACCAUUGAAAAAGGGAGCUGAGAUUCUCGAGCACGAAUUCGAGACAAUUUGGGCGCAUCUUGGCGGGAAACCGCUCGCCAAAUGGAAUCCG